AUGGCAAAGUGGAGGAAUAGAGCACAAGCAGCCUCAGUAAUUGGGCAUGUUAUCGAAGAUUUCCAUAAAUCUAGAGUGGAUCUUACUUGGAAAAAGUCGGAAAAGUCAUUUCUAAAGCAGAAGGCAAAUAUCGAGCAAAAUAAGAAGAAUGUAUUACGUAAUAUGCCAAGAGAAGAACAUCUUUCUAAUACAUACCGGCAUUACCUGACUAGUACAAUGCAUUUGAAAUCAUUACAAGAGCAGUAUAAGGGUGGUGAACGUUCAUUAGAAGAAACUGCCAGACUUGUUGGUCUGAAAAUACCUUCUUCGAAAUCGUAA